GGAAACCACAACGAUAACCUUUGCCUCUGGUACAGGUGGAGCUGACUGAAGCUACCUCUCUGUCUGUCUGUCUGUCUGUCUGUCUGUCUGUCUGUCUGUCUGUCUCUAUGUGUGAAUUUGGAAAAAGUGUAAGGGAGAAAUCUAAUAAUAUACACUACCAGUCAAAUGUUUGAACACACCUACUCAUUCAAGGGUUUUUCUUUAUUUUUACUAUUUUUUACAUUGUAGAAUAAUAGUGAAGACAUCAAAACUAUUAAAUAACACAUAUGGAAUCAUGUAGUAACCAAAAAAGUGUUAAACAAAUCAAAAUAGAUUUUAUAUUUGAGAUUCUUCAAAUAGCCGCCCUUUGCCUUGAUGACAGCUUUGCACACACUUGGCAUUCUCUCAACCAGCUUCAUGAGGUAGUCACCUGGAAUGUAUUUCAAUUAACAGGUGUGCCUUCUUAAAAGUUAAUUUGUGGAAUUUAUUUCCUUCUUAAUGAGUUUGAGCCAAUCAGUUGUGUUGUGACAAGGUAGGGUUGGUAUACAGAAGAUAGCCCUAUUUGGUAAAAGACCAAGUCCAUAUUAUGGCAAAAACAGCUCAAAUAAGCAAAGAGAAACGACAGUCCGUCAUUACUUUAAGGCAUGAAGGUCAGUCAAUACUGAACAUUUCAAGAACUUUGAAAGUUACUUCAAGUGCAGUCGCAAAAACUAUCAAGCGCUAUGAUGAAACUGGCUCUCAUGAGGACCGCCACAGGAAUGGAAGACCCAGAGUUACCUCUGCUGCAGAGGAUAAGUUCAUUAGAGUUACCAGCCUCAGAAAUUGCACCCCAAAUAAAUGCUUCACAGAGUUCAAGUAACAUACACAUCUCAACAUCAACUGUUCAGAGGGGACUGUGUGAAUCAGGCCCUCAUGGUCGAAUUGCUACAAAGAAACCCCUACUAAAGGACACUAAGAAGAAGAAGAGACCUGCUUGGGCCAAGAAACACAAGCAAUGGACAUCUGGAGUCCAAAUGUGAGAUUUUUGGUUCCAACCGCCGUGUCUUUGUGAGACGGGGUGUGGGUGAACGGAUGAUCUCUGCAUGUGUAGAUCCCACUGUAAAGCAUGGAGGAGGAGGUGUUAUGGUGUGGGGUGCUUUGCUGGGGACACUGUCUGUGAUUUAUUUAGAAUUCAAGGCACACUUAACCAGCAUGGCUACCACAACAUUCUGCAGCGAUACGCCAUACCAUCUGGUUUGGGCUUAGUGGGACUAUCAUUUGUUUUUCAACAGGACAAUGUCCCAACACACCUCCAGGCUGUGUAAGGGCUAUUUGACCAAGAAGGAGAGUAAUGGAGUGCUGCAUCAGAUGACCUGGCCUCGACAAUCCCCCGACCUCAACCCAAUUGAGAUGGUUUGGGAUGAUUUGGAUAGCAGAGUGAAGGAAAAGCAGCCAACAAGUGCUCAGUAUAUGUGGAAACUCCUUCAAGACUGUUGGAAAAGCAUUCCAGGUGAAGCUGGUUGAGAGAAUGCCAAGAGUGUGAAAAGCUGUCAUCAAGGCAACUGGUGGCUAUUUGAAGAAUCUCAAAUAUAAAAUAUAUUUGUUUAAUACUUUUUUGGUUACUACAUGAUUCCAUAUGUGUUAUUUCAUAGUUUUGAUGUCUUCACUAUUAUUCUUCAAUGUAAAAAAUAGUAAAAAUAAAGAAAAACCCUUGAAUGAGUAGGUGUGUCCAAUCUUUUGACUGGUACUGUAUGUUUUCCUGUUUUUCCAGUGUGUGAGAAAGGUGUUCAGAAGGUGUGCUCCAGCUCUCCAGACGAACACCUCCAGCCGUUUAAAGACAAGAUGGAGGCGUUCGUUCUGAAUGGUGAGUAGCCUAUAGCACUGGGCAAUAAUGAGGACAACAGUAGUCCCUUGUAGUUAGUAGUAUAGUGACACAACAACAGUAGUUAGUAGUAUAGUGACACAACAACAGUAAUUAGUAGUAUAGUGACACAACAACAGUAGUUAGUAGUAUAGUGACACAACAACAGUAGUUAGUAGUAUAGUGACACAACAACAGUAGUUAGUAGUAUAGUGACACAACAACAGUAGUUAGUAGUAUAUAGUGACACAACAACAGUAAUUAGUAGUAUAGUGACACAACAACACUAGUUAGUAGUAUAGUGACACAACAACAGUAGUUAGUAGUAUAUAGUGACACAACAACAGUAGUUAGUAGUAUAGUGACACAACAACAGUAGUUAGUAGUAUAGUGACACAACAACAGUAGUUAGUAGUAUAGUGACACAACAACAGUAGUUAGUAGUAUAGUGACACAACAACAGUAGUUAGUAGUAUAGUGACACAACAUCACUAGUUAGUAGUAUAGUGACACAACAACAGUAGUUAGUAGUAUAGUGACACAACAACACUAGUUAGUAGUAUAGUGACACAACAACACUAGUUAGUAGUAUAGUGACACAACAACAGUAGUUAGUAGUAUAGUGACACAACAACAGUAGUUAGUAGUAUAGUGACACAACAACAGUAGUUAGUAGUAUAGUGACACUACAACAGUAGUUAGUAGUAUAGUGACACAACAACAGUAGUUAGUAGUAUAGUGACACUACAACAGUAGUUAGUAGUAUAGUGACACAACAACAGUAGUUAGUAGUAUAGUGACAGAACAACAGUAGUUAGUAGUAUAGUGACAGAACAACAGUAGUUAGUAGUAUAGUGACACAACAACAGUAGUUAGUAGUAUAGUGACAGAACAACAGUAGUUAGUAGUAUAGUGACAGAACAACACUAGUUAGUAGUAUAUAGUGACACAACAACAGUAGUUAGUAGUAUAGUGACACAACAACAGUAGUUAGUAGUAUAGUGACAGAACAACAGUAGUUAGUAGUAUAGUGACACAACAACACUAGUUAGUAGUAUAUAGUGACACAACAACAGUAGUUAGUAGUAUAGUGACACAACAACAGUAGUUAGUAGUAUAGUGACACAACAACAAUAGUCCCCAGUAGUUAGUAGUAUAGUGACACAACAACAGUAGUUAGUAGUAUAGUGACACAACAACAGUAGUUAGUAGUAUAGUGACACAACAACAGUAGUUAGUAGUAUAGUGACACAACAACAAUAGUCCCCAGUAGUUAGUAGUAUAGUGACACAACAACAGUAGUUAGUAGUAUAGUGACACAACAACAGUAGUUAGUAGUAUAGUGACACAACAACAGUAGUUAGUAGUAUAGUGACACAACAACAGUAGUUAGUAGUAUAGUGACACAACAACAGUAAUUAGUAGUAUAGUGACACAACAACAGUAGUUAGUAGUAUAGUGACACAACAACAGUAGUUAGUAGUAUAGUGACACAACAACAGUAGUUAGUAGUAUAGUGACACAACAACAAUAGUCCCCAGUAGUUCGUAGUAUAGUGACACAACAACAGUAGUUAGUAGUAUAGUGACACAACAACAGUAAUUAGUAGUAUAGUGACACAACAACAGUAGUUAGUAGUAUAUAUUGACACAACAACAGUAGUUAGUAGUAUAGUGACACAACAACAGUAGUUAGUAGUAUAGUGACACAACAACAGUAGUUAGUAGUAUAGUGACACAACAACAGUAGUUAGUAGUAUAGUGACACAACAACAGUAGUUAGUAGUAUAGUGACACAACAACAGUAGUUAGUAGUAUAGUGACACAACAACAGUAAUUAGUAGUAUAGUGACACAACAACAGUAGUUAGUAGUAUAGUGACACAACAACAGUAGUUAGUAGUAUAGUGACACAACAACAGUAGUUAGUAGUAUAUAGUGACACAACAACAGUAGUUAGUAGUAUAGUGACACAACAACAGUAGUUAGUAGUAUAGUGACACUACAACAGUAGUUAGUAGUAUAUAUUGACACAACAAUAGAGAUGUCCAAAAGGUACAUGUAAAUCAUGGAACAUCUCUUAGCCUUGAACUACCAACCAACUUUCCACAAUAGUUUGUUCAGUCAACUUCUUAUCUUCUUAAACUUCAAUUUUACAAGGCCUUCUUCAUAAACAGUAUGGCCUCCUGUACCAAGGUGCUCCACAAAGCCAGCAUCUCAAUAUGCCUCCCAGUGUCCAUGGGUUAUCCUUGUCCAUCUAUUCUCUCUCUCUCUCUCUCUCUCUCUCUCUCUCCUCUCUCUCUCUCUCUCUCUCUCUCUCUCUCUCUCUCUCUCUCUCUCUCUCUCUCUCUCCUCUCUCUCUCUCCCUCUUCACGUUGCUCCUACCACAAUUACUCAGUUGUCUCUAGCUCUCAGAUAAGGACGCGUACAUCCUGUUGCCAUGGCAAAUUUCUUAUCUUUUUUUUUUUAGGGUCUAGAUAAGGGUCUGAGGGGAAGAUAGACAGCUUACGGUGAAGUUUAGAGGCUAGACACACAGAUAGGGAUCAGGCAGUGUGUACUGGGACAGACAGGAGGAACGUUUCGGUGGGAGAGAGAGAGGAGGAGAGGAGAGGAGUACGGGAGAGAGGAUAAGAGAGAGAGGAUGAUCGAGAGAGAGAGAGAGAGAGAGAGAGAGAGACGAGAGCGAGCGAGAGAGAGCGAGAGAUAGAGAUAGAACAGAGAGAGAGGAGAGAGAGAUGAGCGAGAGAUGAGACCGAGAUGCAGACAGAGAGAGACAGAGAGAGAGAGAGAGAGAGAGAGAGAGAGAGAGAGAAAGAGAGAGAGAGAGAGAGAGAGAUGGCUCUAAGAAGUCUUUGUAUUAAAAUAAAAUCACAGACCAUUACAGAAACACAGAAGGACAGGUUUGUUAUGAUAAAGACAUAACCAAAUUGGAAAGUGGCAGCAAAACAGCCCCUUUUGUGGGAGAAUUGCGUGUAAAAUGUGUGUUCUUAAGAAGAAAAAGGUUGUCUGGCUGGCUCCUUUUCACUUGCAUUUGUCAAGACCAUUGUACAGUACAAGGGGUUCUCAGUGCUUGUCUUUUCAUGCUGGUGAAUGUAGAGGAAAGAAGAUUAUGUUCAUUUAAAUGUGUAUAUUUCAUUUGCAGCGCAUAAAGAACAAGAUGAAGUGGAUGCCCAGUUGAUGUUUGCACAAAAAAGGUUUGAAAACACACCUCGACUCUCUCUUUCUACUCUUACACACCUUCUUUAUAGUAUAACAAUGUAAGUUCCAUUGAAGAGUUCCACAAGGUGCCGUCGACAGUAAUUCAAUGAUUAUACAAGAGAUUCAAUGAUUAUACAAGAGAUUCAAUGGUCCUGAAGUUUUAACACCAUCUUCCCCGUCCCUGUCCGUUCCUCAGCUUCCAUGAGCUGGUGACGUUCUUAGGGCUGAAGCCGAAGACAGGAGAUACCGAGGUGGCGACAGGUCACUUCUUCAUGCUGUGGUUUGAGUUCUGUACCGACUUCAAGACCAGGUGGAGGAGAGAGAACAAGAAUAUCUCUAAAGAGAGGUGUGUGUGUGUGUGUGUGUGUGUGUGUGUGUGUGUGUGUGUGUGUGUGUGUGUGUGUGUGUGUGUGUGUGUGUGUGUGUGUGCGUACGUGCGUGCGUGCGUGCGUGCGUGCGCGUAAAAGAGGUCAUUCGGAACCACGCUUGUGUGAUGUAACCUUGCCUGAGAACUGAUGACUUGCAUUAGCUUCCCAAGCUCAGUCUUGUGGCAUUCAGAAGACCCGGGUUCGAACCCUGGUCAGUUACGGCUACAAACACAGUGAACUACUGUAGCUCCUAGGGUAGAAUAAUUUAAUCACUUACACAUACUAAAAACAUAUGCAUUCACUGUAAGUCACUGGAUAAAAACAUCUAAGUGGCAUGCAAUAUUUAUUACUCGGAUUUGACUAUGUAUUGUUUUGCUUAUAUAUCUAUAUCCCCUUGAGAAUUGACUAAAUCAGAAAGAUAGCGAUCUAAGAUGUGAGACAUCCAACAGAGACGCUGCCGGUCCACGGAUAUUUGAGUCAUUUAGCAGAGGCUCUUAUCCAGAGCGAGGUAAAGUAGUGAGUGCAUAGAUUUUCAUCAUGCUGGUCCCCCGUGGGAAUCAAACCCACAACCCUGGCGUUGCAAGCGCCAUGCUCUACCAACUGACCUUCACAGGACCAGACUGUCUGUCUGAACAUGUGUGAGAAACAUUGUUCUAUCUAGAACGUUCUAUCUAGAACGUCUGUCGGUUCUCCUGUAUGUUACUGGGUCUGAGGCUGACGUUUACUUGUCUUCUGGAUGCCGUACGUAUCAAGCGUCUGUUCUGAUUUAGGAUCAGUUUAGAUCACAGUGCCUAAGAUUACAUGGGCAGUGGGGGCCUGAUCCUAGAUCAGUACUCUCACUAUGAAACUGAUGUGAACCUGUACCCUGCUCUUUUCCCAUCCUCCUGUCCUUCUCCCAGACUGAAAGAGGCUCAGCUGUCAGUGAAGAAGAUUACAGCAGACAAGAAGGUGGAGACUAGGAAGAUCAACCCUAACAGUCUGGUGAGAACAGCACAACUUCAACUUAAGAUAGACAUACAGUCAGGGGCGUAA